AUGGCGUCCCUGGCCUAUGCAGAUGCGAUCAGAGACCUCAAGUUCAACUCUUGUCUGGAAACCAUUUCAGAGAACUCAGAGUUGUGCUUGAGCACAGACUGCAGCGACGUUUCGGGUGAAAGUCCGAAAAGCUUCGAUGCAGCCGAAGCCCUUCUGUUCUUCGAUUGGGAUGACACGCUGCUUCCGACCAGCUGGAUUUCUCAGCAGGGAUGGUUGAACGAAGAUGGUGGCCUGGACUCCGUCGAUGAAGUCAGUUUGACUCGGGAACAGCAGGUCCUGCUACAAGAGCUGGAGGUCAAUGUUGAACAAACUUUGUUAACGGCCAUGGCAUAUGGCAGGGUCGUUAUUGUGACGAAUGCCUUGGAGGGAUGGGUGGAGACAAGCUGUGCAGCCUUCCUUCCAGGUUUGCGCCCUCUCCUGGAUGAAUUAGAUAUUGUCUCCGCCCGUUCAACUUAUGAGAGCCUCGGGGAUGCUUCGCCGACAGCUUGGAAGCGGCGAGCCUUUGCAGAUGUGAUCCUCGCGGCCAGCGGCGAGAUGGAAGACAGCAGGCCGAACCUUGUGUGCGUCGGCGACUCGAUGUAUGAGCACGCCGCACUAUCUGCUGCCGUACAGGGAUUUUCAGAGACCUGCACUGCAGGUAUCCACUGGGUACGCUAG